UGAAAAGCUCAUCAAAACGAGCGGUAUGUAGUUGGAUUUUCUUACUUACCACGCGAAAUCCGUCGGAUUUCAAAUUGUGCCUAAAAAGCACGAAUUUGGAUUGAUAUUUGAUAAUUUUAAGUGGUAUUUUAUUGCCCGAAAACAUAAAAUACUUUUGAAGGACAAUUGGUGUGUUUGAUUUUCGCUUCCAGAGCGUAAACGCAGACAAAGGAUUGGACCUUACUUUAAACAUACGAUUCCUUUGUACGAGAAAUAAGAGAUAUACUUGCAUAACAAAAUAUUGGUUUAAUACAUAUGUCAAGUUCUAAUCAGACUCGGACUCUUCGAGUAACAGUCGUCGCAGCUGAUGGUCUUUAUAAACGUGAUGUUUUUCGAUUUCCAGAUCCAUUUGCGGUGUUAACUGUAGAUGGUGAACAAACACAUACUACCACCGCCAUAAAGAAGACUUUAAAUCCUUAUUGGAAUGAAACUUUCGAAGUAAACGUGAGUGAAAAUAGCACGAUUGCUAUUCAAAUAUUCGACCAAAAGAAAUUUAAAAAGAAGGGUCAAGGUUUUCUCGGUGUCAUUAAUGUUCGAAUUGGCGAUGUGAUAGAUCUAGUAGUAGGUGGGGAUGAGAUGUUGACUCGUGAAUUAAAGAAGUCUAAUGAGAAUACGGUGGUUCACGGGAAAAUCAUUCUCAACCUCUCUACUACUACCCAAUCCAGUUUACAGGCUCCUUCAGCCGGCGCUUCUGGUACGAGCGUUUCAAAUGCUGUAUCUGAAAGAGGCACACAGCCGACAGGUACCACUAGCUCAGGGACCACCACUCCAUCUCGAAGUACCGGCGACAGUGCUGCUACUCCUGCUGAGCCGCGUACGUACAGUUCCUUUGAAGACCAAUACGGAAGACUUCCACCUGGAUGGGAACGACGCACCGAUAAUCUGGGCCGUACGUACUAUGUUGACCAUAAUACUCGGAGCACAACGUGGAUACGUCCCAACUUGGGUGCUAUCAUAGGCAACGAUCAACAUCCAAUGGCGAUUGGAGAAAGAAAUGCCGUAACUGAUGGUCUUCCAUCUUCUUCUAGUAUCCCAGCUAGACGUACUGAAGCGAGCAUGUUAACAUCGAAUGCUACUACCGCUGGAUCUGGUGAGCUUCCCCCUGGAUGGGAACAAAGAUACACUCCAGAAGGUCGUCCUUACUUCGUAGAUCACAACACAAGGACUACCACGUGGGUUGAUCCACGCCGACAACAAUAUAUUCGGACUUAUGGCGGCCCAAACAAUGCAACAAUACAACAACAACCCGUAUCACAAUUGGGCCCACUUCCUAGUGGUUGGGAAAUGCGUCUCACCAAUACCGCCCGAGUAUAUUUCGUGGAUCAUAAUACGAAAACGACUACUUGGGAUGAUCCUCGCCUUCCUUCAUCCCUUGACCAAAAUGUCCCUCAAUAUAAGCGCGAUUUUAGACGAAAACUUAUUUACUUUUUAUCUCAACCAGCUUUGCAUCCUUUGCCUGGACAAUGUCAUAUAAAAGUUAGACGAACCAGCAUCUUUGAAGAUUCAUACGCAGAAAUUAUGCGACAGUCUGCGUCAGACCUGAAGAAGCGUUUGAUGAUUAAAUUUGAAGGAGAAGAUGGAUUGGAUUAUGGUGGUUUGUCCCGUGAAUACUUCUAUUUGCUGUCUCAUGAAAUGUUUAACCCUUUUUACUGUCUAUUCGAGUAUUCUUCAAUGGAUAAUUAUACACUGCAGAUUAACCCACAUUCAGGGAUUAAUCCCGAACACCUGAACUAUUUCAAGUUUAUUGGACGUGUAAUUGGGCUAGCAGUCUUUCAUCGACGUUUUGUUGAUGCUUUUUUUGUCGUCUCGUUUUACAAGAUGAUCUUGCAAAAGAAGACAACUUUGCAAGACAUGGAAAGUAUGGAUGCAGAGUAUUACCGAAGUUUAGUUUGGAUUUUGAAAAAUGAUAUUACAGGAAUUCUGGAUUUAACGUUCAGCGUGGAAGACAAUUGUUUUGGUGAAGUUGUCACAAUUGAUUUGAAGCCCGAUGGACGUAACAUCGAGGUAACCGAAGAAAACAAAAAAGAGUACGUUGAUUUGGUGACGGUAUGGCGCGUAGAGAAGCGCAUAGAAGACCAAUUUAAUGCUUUUCAUGAAGGAUUUAGUGAACUUAUUCCCCAAGACUUAAUUAAUGUGUUUGAUGAACGGGAAUUGGAGCUUUUAAUUGGUGGUAUCUCAGAAGUUGAUAUGGAUGAUUGGUUAAAGCAUACUGAUUAUCGUUCAUAUUGCGAGAAUGACGCAGUUAUUAAAUGGUUCUGGGAACUUAUGAAUGAAUGGAGCAAUGAGAAAAAGUCACGACUAUUGCAGUUCACUACUGGUACAAGCCGUAUACCUGUGAAUGGUUUCAAAGAUUUGCAGGGCAGCGAUGGACCCCGAAGGUUCACGAUUGAAAAGUCUGGCGAAGCAUCAAAACUACCUAAAGCACAUACUUGUUUUAAUCGGUUGGAUCUUCCUCCAUACGUAUCUAAACAAGACUUGGACCACAAGUUAUCUAUCGCCGUUGAAGAAACCAUUGGUUUUGGUCAAGAGUAGUUUUAAUAACAAAAAAAGAAGAAAAUUUCGAAUCUUUGCUUACUUUUUCUAUUAUUUCUACAUUCUCGUUUAUAUCUGACCCCAUACACGCUCGUAUUGGAACUCAAUUAUUUGCCCUUUUAGUUGCUGUGCUAUUGCUAUGGUCAACCGCGUGCAUGCAUAGCGAAAUUUAAUUUUCAUUUCGUUUCACUUUCCGUUGUUUGAAGCGAGUCUUUUAUCUUACCAUCUUUGCUUAAGACGUUAUCAUCGUUAAUUUUCUUAUGAAAGUUAUGUAAACCAUUAGGGAUAAUUUUAUUUAUGAAUUAACUGGCCCUUUUCAUUCAUAAACUCAACUAGCUAGUUAAGCUGUAUAGCACGUCUUGUUUCUUUUUCGUAGCAUGAAAAAUGUGUAAAGCGUUGAUAGAGACACUAUAUAAUUAAUCUUUACAAUUGAUUUCGUAUACAUGCGUCAUCGUAUAAAGCAACAACAAGUACAUGAGUUUUAAAAAACAAGCAAGCUUAUACCGCAACAUGUCAACAUUUCUAUCAAAAAUUUUUAUCCACUUCUAUUUUCAGUCUCAAUUUGACUUCGUUGUCACAGGAUCCAACUACAGGUAACAAGUAACUGACAAACUUUGUAACCGUGCGCG